AUGUCCCUCAAAGAAAACCGCGCCCUGCGCAUCCUCGACCAUGCCGCCACAAACCACUACGGCAUCCCCGCAAUGUGCUGCUACAACGUAGAAGGUAUCCUAGCAACAGUGCGCGCAGCAGAAGCAAAGCGCUCAGCAGCAAUGAUCCUCCUCUUUCCCUGGGCAGUACACUACGCGGACGGAAUCCUCGUGCACGCAGCCGCCGAAGCAGCCCGCAAAGCCAGCGUCCCAGUGACCGUCCACAUGGACCACGCGCAAACCCCCGAGAUCAUCAAGUACGCCGCCGACCUGGGCGGCUUCGACAGCAUCAUGGUCGACAUGUCACACUACGAGAAAGCGGAGAACCUGGCGCUAACGCGCGAACUGGUGGAUUACUGCCACGCACGCGGGAUCGCGACAGAGGCGGAGCCUGGUCGGAUUGAGGGUGGUGAAGAUGGAGUUGCGGAUACGGCUGAUUUGGAGGGGCUUUUGACGACGCCGGAGGAGAGUCGGGAGUUUGUUGAUACGGGGAUCGAUUGGCUUGCGCCUGCCUUUGGGAACGUCCAUGGUGAAUAUGGGCCGCGUGGGAUUCAGUUGGAGUAUGAGCGGUUGCAGUCUAUUAAUGCGGCUGUUGGGGGUGAGGUUCGGCUUGUACUGCAUGGUGCUGAUCCGUUUACUCAGGAGAUCUUCCAAAAGUGUAUUGAUUGUGGGGUGUCCAAGAUCAAUAUUAAUAAGGUCCUGAAUAAUGAGUAUGUUCGGGUGCAGUCGGAGAUGGCUGGGAAAGUGCCUUUGACUACUUUGCUCGAGGAGGCGACGAAUGCUAUGCAGAAAGCCGUUGAGGGGUGUAUUGAUCGGUUGGGAUCUGGGGGGAGAUACCCGUCUAGAUAG